UGAAAUCGUUGCAAGUAAAUUUGUCGCUAUCUACCGGAUUAUUACCAAUCAGAGGUGUCGGAAAACGCCGAACAUGGCGGUCGCAACGAAUUCGUUUGAUACCUGGUUAAACACAAAAUUACAAGAAUUAAAUACGGACGAGGGUGUUUUCGGAUCGUACAUUAAAGGAAUAUUGGAAGGAGAUGAAACGGAGGAUGAAAAAAUCGAGGCGCUUGAAAGCAUACUUGCGGGCAUAACGGAAGAUAAUAUAAGCAAGCAUGUCACUGAAAUCUUAAGCGCUUGGGCAGAAUGGUUACCAAAAGAGGCAGUUGCCAGUCCUAAUGUUCCAGCAGAAGAUGUUGAUGUCAGAUUGGCACGUAUGUUGGAGUCGCAGAGUCUUCCGACUACAACGCAAAAAAGUUAUACAGAGGAAGAAAGACGAAUACGUGAAGCUAUAUUAGCACAGUACAGUCAGAUGUCUGAUGAAGAGGAUAGCGAGGGAGACGGGGAAGAAGAAGGUGGAAAAGAAAUUGGUAUAGAGAAGAAUUUGAAUGCUGCUAAUAUAGUGCAACAACUAAAAGAAAGGCGAGAGAAAGCCAAGUUAGAAAGUCAAAAAAAGAAAGAAAAAGAUAAGGAAGAUAGAGAGAAACAGAAGCAAUUAAAAGAUGAAAAGAAAGAGAAGCGCAAGACACAGAAGGGUGAGAGAAGGAGGUAGCACCGUUGUGAAGGAAUCGUAUUAUAUCUUUCUCAUUUUUAAAUAAUUGAAUCCCAUUACAAGCUGAUUUACUUACCUAUAUAUUUUCUUUUGCAUGCAAAAAUUUCUCAUUCAUUAAUAAUAUUUCGUUUAGUAUUAUCGAAAAGAUUAUACGCGCACGAUUUUUUAAACGAA